UGACAGAAUAAGUCACAUAUUAUACUACGGUUAUCUAAUUGUUAGUUUUCCAUAUUCUUGGAUUUAUCUUUUCCUAGUUAGUUUAAUAUUCCCUUUGAUUUUACUAUAUAUUGUAGUCUGGCAAAGCUUUAAAUCAAUCAAUUAUAUUAUUACUUUCUUAAACCCUAAAUAUCUCUAUGCAACUAUCAAGGUAAGUUCCUUAAAACUCAAGCAACUGAACAUAGUUCUCCGAGUGGAUCCUUCUACCUCAGUGAUCAUCUCUUAGGCCUUUGUUUACCCGUUCUUCGAAUCCACAGUAGGAUUUCUAGUUUGAGAUCGAUCUAUCUAUUUCCCGUCUCAAUUAAAGAUGGCGAGCGAAAUCCCUGAAGUCGUUGUAGCUCCUAUGGAGAAUGGCGGCGCUGAGUCCUCUUCCUCCUACUCCAAAGGGAAAGAGGAGGAACAGUUAGAGUCUGAGCUUUCGAAGAAGCUUGAGAUUACAGAGGAUGCAGUAGAAGAGAACGAAGAAGACGCAGAAGAAGAUGGAAGCAAAGGUGAGAAAUCAACGAAGAAGAAGAAGAAGAAAAAGAAGAGUAAAAGCAAGAAGAAGAUCCAACAGACGGAUCCACCUACAAUCCCUGUAGUUAAGCUUUUCCCAUCUGGAGAGUUUCCAGAAGGUGAAAUCCAACAGUACAAGGAUGACAAUUUGUGGAGAACAACAUCUGAAGAGAAGAGAGAGUUGGAGCGUUUGGAGAAACCUAUAUACAACUCUGUACGCCAGGCUGCAGAAGUUCAUCGCCAGGUUAGAAAAUAUGUAAGAAGCAUAGUGAAGCCUGGAAUGUUGAUGACUGAUAUAUGCGAGACACUUGAGGAUACUGUUCGUAAGCUUAUAUCAGAGAAUGGUCUGAAAGCUGGUAUUCCUUUCCCUACAGGAUGCUCUUUGAACUGGGUUGCUGCUCAUUGGACACCAAACUCCGGAGACAAGACUGUCCUUCAAUACGACGAUGUUAUGAAACUGGAUUUUGGAACACAUAUUGAUGGACAUAUUGUUGACUCUGCAUUUACAGUUGCGUUCAAUCCUAUGUAUGAUCCUCUCUUAGCAGCCUCCCGUGAAGCUACUUAUACCGGUAUCAAGGAAGCUGGAAUAGAUGUUCGUCUCUGCGACAUUGGUGCUGCAAUUCAGGAGGUGAUGGAAUCUUAUGAGGUUGAAAUCAAUGGAAAAGUGUUCCCAGUUAAAAGUAUCAGGAACUUGAAUGGACAUAGCAUUGGACCUUAUCAGAUACAUGCUGGCAAAUCAGUUCCAAUAGUCAAAGGAGGUGACCAGACAAAGAUGGAAGAGGGUGAAUUCUAUGCCAUUGAAACAUUUGGAUCAACUGGGAAAGGAUUUGUGAGAGAAGACUUGGAAUGUAGUCAUUACAUGAAGAACUUUGACUCUCGCCAUGUCCCCUUAAGGCUGCCUAGAGCAAAACAACUACUUGCAACUAUCAACAACAACUUCUCCACUCUAGCCUUCUGCAGACGUUAUUUGGACCGCAUUGGUGAAACCAAAUACUUAAUGGCUUUAAAGAAUCUGUGUGACGCUGGGAUUGUUCAGCCGUAUCCUCCUCUGUGUGAUGUGAAGGGAAGCUAUGUAUCACAGUUUAAACACACCAUUUUACUGCGACCUACUUGCAAAGAAGUUGUUUCCAAGGGAGAUGAUUACUGAUUCAGAUCCUCUGUUUCUUGCUCUGUUCCUUUUUUCUUAUAUACUCUGUUCUUGAGAUUGCAUACUUGGUUCCUUUUCUCAUCGUUAUCA